GACACGUGGCCACGUGGCUAACCGCAGCCCCGCUAACAGAGGAGAAGCCAGUGGAAAGGAAGGCGGAGUCGAUUUUCACUUCGAUGUUCUGAUAGCUCCCUGCAGGGUGCGGCAGACCCAGGAGAAGAAGCGAAAGCUAAUUCGUCUUCUUCUUGAUCUUCGUAUUCCUCUUCUUCAUCAUCCUCUAUCUCGAUACCCUGACUUCACCUGCAAAACACAAUGUCGGAGUCCAAGAAAACCACAAUUCCGCCUUACGUGAAAGCCCUCUCCGGCUCUAUCGGAGGAAUCGUGGAGGCGUCUUGUCUGCAGCCUAUCGACGUCAUCAAAACCAGGUUGCAGCUCGACACUUCCGGCACCUACAAGGGAAUCAUCCACUGUGGCGCCACCGUUUAUCGUACGGAAGGCGUGCGAGCCCUAUGGAAGGGGUUGACUCCCUUCGCCACUCACCUCACCCUCAAAUACACUCUUCGAAUGGGAUCCAAUGCUCUGUUUCAGAGUGCCUUCAAGGAUUCUCAGACCGGACAGCUCAGCAACACGGGUCGGCUUCUUUCCGGUUUCGGGGCGGGUGUGCUUGAGGCUCUUGUUAUUGUUACGCCCUUUGAGGUGGUUAAAAUUAGACUACAGCAGCAGAGGGGAUUGAGUCCUGAGCUUCUAAAAUACAAAGGUCCAAUACACUGUGCUCGUACAAUCAUUCGUGAAGAAGGCCUUCGUGGCCUUUGGGCAGGGGCAGCUCCAACUGUUAUGCGGAAUGGGACAAACCAGGCUGCCAUGUUUACAGCAAAGAAUGCUUUUGAUGGAAUCUUGUGGAAGAAACAAGAAGGUGAUGGGAAGGUCCUCCAACCAUGGCAAUCUAUGAUUUCUGGAUUCCUUGCUGGCACAGCAGGUCCUGUGUGCACUGGCCCCUUUGAUGUAGUAAAAACGAGACUGAUGGCUCAGGGUCGAGCUGGUGGGAAGUUGAAGUACAAAGGCAUGGUCCAUGCUAUUAGAACAAUAUUUGCUGAGGAAGGAUUGCUUGCCCUGUGGAAGGGACUGCUACCUCGGCUCAUGAGGAUCCCACCUGGACAGGCCAUCAUGUGGGGUGUGGCUGACCAAGUGACAGGCUUUUACGAGAGGAGACAUAUUCAUAAUGCACCUUUAUAGAUUCAUGCAUGUUCAGGGUAAAUGAAUCUUGAGCUGCUGGUGAAUCUAAUCAUUUGAAGCUCUGCAGGACAUCAUGGUUUUUUUUUACCAGCAACAGCAUUUUUCUCCUUGGUAUUUUUUAUCAGGGCCUAGGGUUUCAAUUUCUUGUAUGUAGUUGUAAACCUAUUCCCGAUUUAUUUGGUCCCAUUGCUGCUCAUUGAUUGAUUCUUCUUAAACAUAGUGAAACGAAGUAAAAAUGAGAUUUGAGCGCA